AUGUUUAAAUCGGUGAAAGAAUUAAUCGCUCGCGAUAUUAAAAAUGUCGAAGAAGCAAGUCAUCGACAAUUAUUAGAAGAUGCUCGUAAAGGUAGUCAUCUAGGUGUCAAAGCAUUACUUAAGGUAUGUUCAGACUUGAGUCCAGAAGAUGAUCAAGGAAAUACACCAUUUUUACUCGCUUGUGCUAACGGACAUGCUAAAAUAAUGGAAACGUUAUUAAAUUGUUCCAGCGGAAAGUAUAGCAAAGCGAUCGAUGUUUGUGGUCAAAAUCGUGAUGGCGACACGGCAUUGCAUUUAGCAGCUUAUAGUGAUCAUAUGAAUAUUAUUAAAAUAUUACUCAAGCAACCAGCAGUCCUUAAAGAUAUCAAUACUGUGAACAAAGAUGGAAAUACAGCCCUUCAUUUAGCCGCUAUCCAAGGACAUCAUCAUGUCAUUAAUGCUUUAUUACGUGUACCCAACAUUAACGCUACUAAAGUCAAUAAAGACUACAAAACUCCAGCUCAGUUAGCUAAAAGUAACGGACAUAAAUCGCUAGCUAAGGAUAUGAAAAAAUUUGCAAGCGAAGAUGACAAAUGUAUUCUCAUGUAG